AUGUGCCGCGAUUGUCUUGGUCACGGAGUUGUUCAGCAUAACCGUAGUUUUCCUGAAGAAAGAAAUACUUUAAAAGGCCCAAAAUAUGACUAUGCGGGAAAGUUGAUAAAAGAACCUGAUUUGCCCUUCACAAUUCACACCAGUGAACUAUUUGAUCCCAAAAUGAAAACCUUCAAGCAAAAUAUUUCACUCGUGGUUGAUCCAAGUGUUGGCAUGGUCAUAAAGGUUUAUACUAGGGAUCAAGAACCAACCGACAUAAGACAUCCAGAUAUCGACUUACGGGGUAAAUUUGUCCUACCUGGUCUUGUGGAUGCACACACUCAUAUUUUUUUGCACUCAUACACAGAAAGACAAUCUGUUGAACAGAAGAGAGAUGAAUCUUUUGCGGAAAGGAUCGUUAGAGCAGUCAACCACUGUAGGAGGGCUCUUCUCGCAGGUUAUACAACUUAUCGGGAUUUGGGAUCUGAAUCUAUGCAGGAUGCAGAUACUAAUAUUAGAGAUGCUAUCAAUCGUGGAAUCACCGUGGGGCCACGAUUGUAUGUAGCUACGAAAGUUCUUGCGUCUACAUCCUCAUACGAUGUGCGCACGGAAAACACCAUUGGUGGCACCAAGGUACCAGAAGUUUACGACCGAUGUGACGGAGUUGAGGGCGUUAGAGCUGCAGUAAGACGAAGGAUCGGGGCGGGAGCUGAUAUUAUCAAAUUCUACGCAGAUUACCGUAAAAGAGUGCUACGCUUUCCUCCAGCUCAGCAGCAUCCUUAUAUUGGUUCCGUGAAGUUUCCACCUAAAGUACCCAACCCUGAAAUUAUCCUAUAUACGCAGGAAGAAAUGAACUCGUUGUGUGAUGAAGCAAGGAGAAGUCAAUGUGCGGUUGCUGCCCAUUGUGGUUCAAAAGAAGGCGCAAUAAUGGCUGCUAAAGCUGGUGCACUAACCAUAGAACAUGCGUAUUGGGCUGAUGAUGAGUGCCUUAUCACAAUGAAAGAGAGAAAUUGUAUCUUCGUGCCGACUUUGGCUGUCUGUGAAAAACUUUUUCAAGGAAACAUGGGGACCAUGCUUGCAAGAGUAAAAAGGGCUUACGACUUAGGGGUGGAUAUGGCCGCAGGUGGUGACACAGGUACCUUCUCUCAUGGGCGUAACGCUCAUGAGAUGGGACUUAUGGUAGGGGCCGGAGUUCCAGUAGUCGAAGUUCUUAGGGCAGCCACUUACAACGGUUGGAGAUCAUGUGGCGGGGACUUGAUAGGGAGACGGUUUGGAUUUAUCGAAGAAGGAGUCGCUGCAGACUUAAUAGCAGUUAAGGAUGAUCCAAGGCUUUCAUUUGAAACCAUGUAUGAUAUUGACUUCGUUAUGAAAGAUGCUACGGUAUACAAGAAAAAUGGAAUCCCUAUUAUGGAGGUGAUGUUAGAUUAG